UAGUUCUGGGACUAGUCCCAGAGAUAAUGCUGCCCUUACCUCUUUAUGAUGAAUUUUCUCAUGUGGAAUGUAAGGGGAGCUGGCAAGGAUAGCUUAAGAAGUAGAGUAAAGAAAUUAAUUGUGAUGAACAAGGUUUGCCUACUGGCCGUAAUUGAGCCUAAAAUGGCUCCCACCAAAUUGAGGUAUUUUAGCUCCGCUGUUGGUAUGCACUCGUUUAUGGUGAAUCCACUGGCUGAGAAAAACAUGUGGCUCUUAUGGAAUGAUAACGUGGAGGUAAGGAGUAUUCUGAAUUUUGAGCAAGCAAUGACCGUAUCCGUAUCUUUUUUGGGAGCUGAGCCCAUUUUGGUUACUGUGGUGUAUGGUUGUUGUGAUUAACUGCUAAGACGACCUUUAUGGGGGCACUUACAGCUUAUUUCCUCAUCUUUUGCUAUGCCUUGGUUGGUCAUGGGGGAUUUUAACAUUGUGAUGAGCUCUAAUGAAAGAUUGGGUAGUGCAUUUCCAUCUAUGCUUGCAAUGGAUGAAUUCGGGGCU